CGCUCUCAUACCAUUCGCUUAGAAAAGAGUGCUUCACUAAUCACUUAACGACUAACACUCACAGCGCCGACUCAUUCCUCUCCUGUGGCAGAAAUGGUUGGAUUUCCAGACCUUUCCGAUACCGACGAGUCGGCCAUCGACGAAAUCAUCUCUCAGGCCCAAGAUGCCUGCGUUUUGGAGCAAGUUUCCGCCAUCAAUUGCGCUUCCUUCACCGAUUCCGUCCUCCCUACCGACCUUGAAUCCCGAUUCCGCAAACUCAAAUCGUUUCCGGUCACUAAAGCAAAGCAGAAUCCUAAGACCUCCAACUAUUCGGCGAAGGGAAAAGCAGGAUCUACUUUUGUAUCUAAUGAGCAAACUCCUCAAUUUUCACCCUUCAAGGAGGGUAAGAUGGGUUUGGACGGAGAGUUACGGUCUGGACCGAUGUCGGAUUCCUCAGAUAUUUGGACGGCCGAUAAAGUGGAAUUCUCGCCGGAGAAGGAGAGUUCCUGUAGGAAAGAGGAGGUGAAAGCAAAAUCUAAACGCGGCUCUGUUUCUUCUCCUUCUGAUUCUUCAAAUUCUUCGGAAGAAAGUUCAAUAUCUUCGCUGUUCCAACAAAAACUCUAUGGAAAAAAGUGUUCGAAACAAAAAUCAAAAGGUGAGUUUCAGUCUUCUCCUCGGAGCUCUACAAAUUCGCUGAUGGAUCGUUCACCAUCUCCCCCUCGCAAGGCUGGUUGUUUCUGGUGCUAUCCGAAGAAGGAUUCUAGGAAGAAAAGCAAGGAAAAUUGGGAUUCGGUGGCGAAUAUUCUAGGCUGGGACAAAAACGAUGAGUUUUUGUCUGAUAUAGGCAGUUUGUCGAGUAAGCACCAGCAGAAAAUGCUGAAGAAGGCUAUUAAGGAAGAACAGAAGAUAAACCGCGAGGCUGAGAAAAUCGUCCAGUGGGCUAAGCAAGCAUCUGCGAGGAUGAGCGCUUCGGCCAUUGAGGAUGAUCUAAGUGAUGAUUAGGUUACAGAUAAGCAUACACAUAUUGCUUAUCAAAUUUAUACAACAGAGGUUGGUGUUUGUCUUGUAAUUGUUAUUAUAAGAUGGGAUUAUACUGGGAAUUUUGGUAAUUUUAUUAUGAGAUGGUUCUCAUUAUGUUCUCGUCGUUAUACUUAAACAGACCUUGUAUCAUCAUCUUCAUCACAAUGUCUUGCUGUAUAUUGCAGAUCACUAUGAUUGCAGCGGUUUUAUAUCCUAAACUCAAACUUGAUAUGAUUCCACUCCCACCCCUUUUGUCAGCUUGCCAUUUUGUUUUUGCUCAGUUUGAUGAGUGUUUUGUAUAAAUUGGGUUAAAUUAAUUAACUUUCGGAUCUGUUUUGCUGUUGAAAAUGCAUUUAAUUGCUGUCUAGAAAGUUCCCUUGAAUAUUGGCUGCUUUGUUUUAUGGCAUUGGAAUUUGGAAGAGUCGCGAAAAAGUUAUCACAGAAAAGGAAAGCAUUCCAUGCGAUUACAGAGGAAGAUCAGUCAGUCAAAGAAAGCACUCGCCAAGGAGCCAAGGAUUUUAAUUCUAUUACUGGCUUGGGUAAAUAAUAACACGAUGAUCGAAUGUCAAAUGUGAGACAAGAGUGUUUCAUCUUAGGAAGUUUCACGUUAGAUGGCCAGAGCCUGGAGCUAGUGUAAAUAAGAGUUGUUUUAAGUGAAAGGGUACAUAACUCAUAAUCUCGAGAUUUUUUA